CCAGUUUUGUUUUGAAUCUUCUGUUGCAGUCUGCGAAACUCUACCUUUUCUUCCGUCAACCUUCAGAUAAAUUAAAUUGUCCAUGUUACUGCAUUAUGUAAAGUAAUGUAAUAAGGUCCCGUUAUUGAAUGUGCCCAGUUGUAAGCGCGGCGCAAUAUGAGUUGGGUCAAGCCUGACGAUGGCUUCUGCUUGGAGCCGCCGCAGAAUCAAAGCGCCCGCAAGCGAGUGACAAGAAAGCGACCAGCCCCAAAAGAUGACUGUUCUGCGGCGUGUGAUCUUGCAUCAUCGGGGCACGAUCCAGUGAACUCGCUUGCCCGUGCCAGUGGAACGUGGGUGGAAAAAUUUGCGCCAAAGAGUCGUAAUGACUUAGCUGUCCAUCGGGAUAAAGUGGAACAAGUCUGUCAAUGCAUCAAGGAAAAACUCAAAACCUCUUUCAUGAAUGCUGGUGCCAUUAUUAUUCUUUGUGGACCAGCUGGCUCGGGAAAAACAGCAACACUACGAUGCCUUGCAGCUGAAGAAGGCUUCACUAUCUGCGAAUGGAUCAACCCAGUUUCCCUGACUGCUAAAACUGAAUUUAAUCCAAACUGGGACUUUGGAAGAAGCACUGGACAGGUUGAGCAGUUUGAAGACUUCCUUUUUCAGUCAAGUCGCUAUCCUUCACUUCUCACUGGAGACUCUGCAAAGAGAGUUGUGCUUGUAGAGGACCUUCCCAACAUUUUUAUCAGGGAUGUGGAAAGUUUGCACCGUGUACUAAGGAUGUGUCGUACAGUUGCUGUUGCACCUCUUGUAUUUAUUAUAAGCGAGUCAUCUGACAAACUUGAACAUCGUCUGUUCCCCGAGGCUCUUGUGAAGGAACUAGAUGUCACCAAAAUUAUGUUCAAUUCUAUUGCACCUACCUUUGUCACAAAAGCACUUUGUACACUGCUUGAUACAGCUGUGCAAUUGCAAGCCAUCACCUACGAACCUACUGCAGAUGAUAUCGACAGCAUUGUUGCCGCAAGCAAUGGAGACAUUCGUAGUGCCAUUAAUGCUCUUGAGUUCUUCUGUUCUCCUAGGCAGUGCAUUGGCCUCAUAAGAAGCAAGACCACUGCAAAGCAACAGUGGAGCGUUGCGUGCAAGAAGCGACGAAAGAAAGCAGCUAAAUCUGAUGGGCGCAGCCGUGGCAUUGGCCGAGAUGCACCUCUCACCCUCUUCCAUUCAUUGGGAAAAAUACUGCAUUGCAAGCGUAAACAACCAGAGUGCUCUAAAAUAGGGGACGGAACUGACGUGUCAACUUGUGAUCUCUCACUGUCAUCGGUGAAGGAUUCAGAGAAAUGCCCCACUACUGACAUCAGUCCCGAGGAAGUGUUUGAGCGGGCAGCAGUUUCCGCAGAGACAUUUGCCCUCUUUCUGCACCACAACAUGCCUGACUUCGCUGCUGACAUUCACACUGUGGCUGAAUGCUCGGAAUGGUUCUGCCAUGGUGACGUCUUGCUCUCUGAAUGGACUAGUGAGAAUGUGAUGGAAAGGCAUGCCAUGUCGGUGGUUACGAGAGGAGUCAUCUCCAGCCUGUCACAGUCAGGUUCCAAAAGUGUUGGAUGGAGGCCACUUGGGAAGCCACAGUGGUCAGCUGCCUUUAGAGAUAUCAAGCAGAAACUUUACGACCUGCGAGUAGCAUUUAAAGGACUGCAUAGCACAGGACGGGAGUUGCAGUUGGACAGGGUGCCAUACCUAGCUCUGCUUCAGGAAAGUGGCCUUCAACUUUCAAACACUAGGAGGGUGCUUGUUGAAGAAAUUGGCACUCUGGCUAACAGGAACCUCUUUCACCGAAGCAACCUUCGUGAACAGGACACCAUGGAUGACAGAGAAGCGGAACUUUCAGUGAACUACACGUGUAGAAAUGUGGAGGCAGUUUUGGAUGACCUCGACCACUCGGAUGAGGAAGUCAUCAUAGAAGAGUAUGACGACUGAUUUAGGGUCCUGGUAUCCCACUGAGGCUCAGUAAAGGACGCUGUGAACAGAACAGCGCCUGCCAAGUUGUGUCCUGCUCUGCGUGUUGAGUCCUGCACUGAUGGAGGGCCAGUAGCAUAUAUGCCGGCUUCUGAUUGCAGUCUGCGCUCUAAAACAUUUUACACCCUUAAAGUGAAUAAAGGUGUAAAUCUGUUAUAACUGCACGCCCUUGUAAGGGUUUGAGUUCCCUUACUUGAACAAGACACGAGCGUGUUUAGACCAACUCGCUUUUCUCGGACGGAGGUAGCGCGCUGGAUGCGACCGCCAAGCUUGCGAGAAUGAAUCCCUAAGGUUAUAACGCGAUAGCGUUAAGGGCCCCGUGUCACUGAAAAUCCAGUGUCGGCGGCACUGUCCAUAAAAAAAAAAAAAAAAAAAAAAAAUCCGAACCACAAACAUGCAGGCCCGCCGCUAAUGGUUACUGAACUAAUUGAAUUUCUCAAAGUAAAAUGCAUCAGAAAAUUCGUGAAGUCCGACUUAAAGGGACACUAAAGCUUACUAUGAAGUUGUUAGUGAUAAAGCAAUGCUCUAGACGUCUAAGGCGUCAAUAUAAUCGCGAACAGAGCUUUAGUUACCGAGAAAUUGAGGUAAAUGCAUGACACGAUUUGAGAUCCCCCAGCGACAUUCCGGUACUAUCCCGA